CCACAAGUCUAAAAGAAGAAAGGGAGUUAUUGGGAAGAUAAUAGUCACUCUUUAUGAUCUCUCAACUUGCUAUUUUUUCUCUCUUUCUCUCCCUCUCUCCCUCUCUCUUGAAUACAUUAUCCAUAAUUCUUCACUUUUGCUCUCUCAACAGUUCUGGUAUUAGCUAGGACCUCAAACUGUCACUUACUUCGCCUUGUUUUUAGUCUAUAGGAAAAGGCUUGACUUCUCCCCUCCUUUAGAGGAACUAAACUGUUUUGUUUGUCAGAGAACAAAAUGGCUAAAUAAUAAGCUCCAAACCAAGCUUGCUUUGCUGCAAAGUACUCGAGUGGUUAUUUUUUCAGACAAUAAAGUUUCUUCUGCGAUUGGAUAGUGACAUAGUUACCUAAACAAGUCUUGGUCAUCUUCCUUGCUCGUUUCUGGGGUUCUCUCAGGAAAAUGAACUAAAGAUUAUUAAGUAUUUGAGAGAGGUCAUGGACUGAGGUGUCUGUGAAUUGGAGAAACAAGGCAUUUCCAACAUUGCUUUGGUUGCUGAUUUUGGUAGCUUAAGACUAGUUAAGACUAGAUAGCAAAAAAAAAAAAAAAAAAUCCACUAGAGGAGAUUUCUUGGGCAAUUAUGGAUGAUGGAUUAAAAUUCAAGUGGGCCUCUGAUGUGGAGUCAUCUUCUUCCUCAAUGCCUUUGAAGAGAACAAGAGGACCACCAAGCAAUGGAAUCCAAGUCCCAUCUUGCCUUGUGGAUGGCUGCAAUUCAGACCUUAGCAAAUGCCGGGACUAUCACAGACGCCAUAAAGUCUGUGAGAUUCACUCAAAGACUCCAAAGGUUACGAUUGGAGGCCGCGAGCAGCGCUUUUGCCAGCAGUGCAGCAGGUUCCAUUCCUUGGGGGAGUUUGAUGAGGAAAAACGAAGCUGCAGGAAAAGACUUGAUGGGCACAACCGCCGCCGAAGGAAGCCUCAACCAGAAGCCAUGUCCCUAGGUUCAGGAAGAUUUAUCUCAAGUUACCAAGGCACAAGAUUCUCACCAUUCCACAAUCCACAAGCAUUUCCAAAUGCUGCAGUGAGCUCUGCUUUGGCCAUGGCUGCAGCAGCUACUGCAAAACCCGAGUUCAGUGACAUAAGAAAAAACCCUUUUACAGGAUCACUGAAUCAAAGCUAUAGUAGUAGUGGUGGUGGUGGUGGGAAAGAAUUCUCAUUCUUACAAAGCCCAAGUUGCACACUCUCUGAGGCUUCUUCUGUGACUCAGUCACUCAUGGAUUCAAACCCUGCAUUCAACAACUGUGGCAACAGCCAGAGAUUUUUCUCAAAUAACUGGCUUUACCGGGACAGUGUCGACUCUAGUUGUGCUCUCUCUCUUCUGUCAUCAUCCACGCCAACUGGUACAAAGGAGACUGGCUUGAGCCACAUGGUGCAGCAGCAGCAGCCAAACUCCUCCACUGGUGGACGAGGGCAGCAGCCCUUGUUCCCCCCUGCAAGCCUGCACUAUAGUGGCCUGGGAAUGGUGGUGAGUGAUCAGCCAGUAGUAGCAGUAACUUCUGCUAUGGUUACUGCUACUACAGGUGGUGAUAACGAUAAUUUCCAUUGCCAAGAAAUGUUCAGAAUUAAACCUGAGGGGUCUUCUUCUGGUGGGCAUCAUCAUUAUCAUCAUCAUCAAUAUAGUUCUCUUCGUGGGAAUCGCAUACCACCAUAGUUGGAACAAUAGCUUAGCUGGGUUUAUUAUAUUACUGGCGAAUGGUGAAGCUAUUCACUCUCUAUUUUCAUAAACUAAAAUAACAAUGUCUAAUGUCAUAUGAUGUUGAUGUAGAUCUUCUUAUAUAAGUAACUUAAAAACUUUGCUGCUUAUUCUAAAAUAAGUGCAGCAUUAAUAUAUUGUUUGAGGUUAAAAAAAUUAUAUAUGUCAAAUUAUGAGUACCUCUUCUAUACAAAAAGAAACUUGAUUCAUGAGACAUGACAUUACAAAACAAAUAGAAGCUUUUUUA